AUGGGGCAGUUAGCAGCAAAUCAAAAUACCAGACCUACAGGCUCUCUUCCCAGUGAUAUAGAGAAGAACCCUCAAGUAAAUGCAGUUACACUUAGAAACGGAAGGGAACUAGAGGAAGUGUCAAAGAAGAGAAAGGACAAAUCUAUACCUGAGGGGGAGCUGACCCCUAAGGCAAUACACGAGUCAAAGAAAAAUGAUGCAAGUUCAGAGCCAGUGGAGGCUGUAAGGCCACCACCACCUUUCCCCCAGAGAUUGCAGAAAAAGAAUGACGACCAAAGGUUCAACAAAUUUCUCUCUAUGCUGAGUCAGGUUCAAUUAAAUAUUCCAUUGGUGGAUGUACUUCGUGAAAUUCCAAACUUCACUAUCCCAGUCCGAAUCGGUAAUAGUGAUGUGGGUCGUGCUCUUUGUGAUUUGGGGGAAAGCAUAAAUCUAAUGCCCUUGUCCUUGUUUAAGCAAUUGGGUUUGGGAGCUCCAAGACCAACCACUGUGAUGUUGCAAUUAGUUGAUAGGUCCAAAGCCUACCCGGAAGGAGUGAUUGAAGAUGUGCUGCUGCAAAUUGGGAAAUUUAUCUUCCCAGCUGACAUCAUUAUUCUAGAUUUUGAGGCUGAUGAACAAAUGCCAAAGAACCAGAACUAUCAUGAGGAAGCACGAGAUGCCCUUGCAAAAUAUUCUGGCAGUAGAGCUUUUUGA